GGACGAUGCAGCCGGGAAGGCCAUCUACAUAGUGUCGGACGGGACCGGGUGGACCGCGGAGCACUCGGUGAACGCCGCGCUCGGACAGUUCGAGCACUGCUUGGCCGACCGCGGCUGCGCUGUCAACACCCACCUCUUCAACUUGAUUGACAACACGGAUCGACUUCUUGAGGUAAUAAAGCAAGCAGCAAAGGAAGGGGCACUGGUUCUAUAUACCCUUGCUGAUCCUUCAAUGGCUGAGGCAGCUAAGAAGGCCUGUGAUUUCUGGGGUGUUCCAUCCACUGAUGUUCUUCGGCCUACUGUUGAAGCCAUUGCUUCUCAUAUUGGUGUUGCUCCAUCUGGAAUUCCACGAAACUCUCCUAAUCGAAAGGGUCAGCUAACAGAAGAUUACUUUCAACGGAUUGAUGCUAUUGAUUUUACCAUCAAACAAGAUGAUGGGGCUCAGCCACAAAACCUCAACCGUGCAGACAUUGUACUUGCCGGCGUUUCACGUACAGGGAAGACACCAUUGUCAAUAUAUCUAGCUCAAAAGGGAUACAAGGUAGCGAAUGUGCCAAUUGUGAUGGGAGUGAAUCUUCCAAAGGCUCUUUUUGAGAUCAACCAAGACAAGAUUUUUGGAUUGACAAUAAACCAAGUGGUUCUUCAAGCAAUUAGAAAGACUAGGGCCAAAGCUCUAGGUUUUGUUGAUGGGUAUCAGAGCAAUUAUGCUGAAAUGGAACAUGUGAGGCAGGAACUGGCCCAUGCAAAUCAAAUUUUUGCUCAAAAUCCAAGGUGGCCAGUCAUUGCCGUCACUGGAAAAGCUAUAGAGGAAACAGCUGCUGUCGUUGUGAGCAUUCUCCAGGACAGGAAAGAGAAGUGCUCCAUGCCACGCAUAUCAAAACGGUACUAG